UCUACGUAUAUGGCUGCCAACAUGUCUGCCGUUUGCCCAGCGCUGGCAGAGGCUGUGUGGUGGGCAGACGAGUGGAAAGGUUAACGGGGAGGUGAGACAUUAACGUGAGUGACGGCGAUGAUGUACGGCGCCACUGGCGGCUCGUGAGGCGUCCCCCUGCCCAGCGUACUCACUGGCGGUAUGGUGUGAGGUGUAAGGGACAAGAGGGGGCACGGAGGCAGCCAGGGCAUAGUUAACAUUCAGCCACAGUGCCCUAUAUCUCCCUCACCACCAAUCAUUCUAGCUCCCAAACUCGCUCUUCCAAGUCUGAAGCACUGAGAAUUUAUGCAUCACUGAGACUCUGUGAAGUGGCCUUUGCCCCAAUUCCUUCCAUGUUUAAGAAGGGACAUCAAAACCACAGUUCUUAGUUAGGUAGUAAAAAAUAAUGUAAUUUCAGAAUUAGCACACUGUGUUCCCAAAUGUAGCCAAACAUGCUCAGAUAGCCUGAUGUCUUUCAAGAACAGGGUGCAUGCUAGUUAAAUGGAUAAGUGAUUAUUUAGCACAGAUACAUUAUUGAGUGUUGGGCAAGCUUCUCUGAAAGCAUAGCUUUACAAGUAAACAUUUGAUUCACAUUGUUAGAAGUUGAAUUACAGCAAAGCAGAACUAGUAUAAUAAAGUAUAAUUAGAGAAUGAUCAAAUUAUGUGAUAUGAAAUUGUAACAUAAUAUAAUUAUAAUGUUAACAUGUUAUAAAAAUCUUCUAUCUCCCUCUCUAUCUUUAAACAAUAUUUGUGUAUAAAUGUUUCAUAGUUUGUGUGUGUUUGUGUUUAUGUUUUGUCUUUCUGUGUGUGUGCAGGUCAUGGCGAUCCUGUGGUACUAGUCUGUGCUCUGGGGUCGUGUUGUGUGGGCAGCGGUGGUGAUGAGUCAGCAGCUGACUGCCUGAUGCCCUCCCUGUCCUCCCAGCAUCCGGCUAUGGACACGGAGAACCACCUGCACCCAGAGGAACCGCAGCUGGACAUGGGCAUGUACGGCCUUACCACCCCCACCCUCGGGGGCCAGUCAUAUUCCUGUGGACCUCCCUGGGCGUACUCCCAGCAGGGCUUCAUGGACCUGCAACGGCCCAUGCAGCCCUAUAGCCAGCCAUACCACUUGAAUAGCACAUCCAUGGAAAUGUUGGGUGUUUCCACAUUCCCUGACAUGGACUUCCCUAACAUCACGCUUCAGCCCAGUGAAGUCUUCUCUCAAGACCUCUCUUGCCUAGAUGACCUGUCCUCCACCUCUCUGUUCUCCUCUCCAGCGGACUCACUGUCUGAGUACACUGAUGCUCAGGUCUUCCUCAACUCAGACAACUUGUCGCAUGUGCCUACAAUAUGGGAUAUCAACACCCCAGCACAGAACCAGCCAGAGCCCAACUCCAACAGGUUUCAGGGUCUGAACAGUUUCGAGGACCUGUCGGCCAUCAUCAGUACACCAGCGGGAGCUCUCCAGCCUCAGAGGCCUCACACCCCACCUGAGAAUGAGCAGGAGGCAGAUGAGGAGGAAACGGAGGAACUGGGCCAUGUGGACACCUACGCAGACUACAAACCCUCCAAAUCCACCAUAGGGAUCUCCCAUCCAGACCGGGUGGUGGAGACCAACACACUGUCCAGUGUGCCUCCCCCUGACAUCACCUACACCCUCUCCAUCCCUGACGACACCAUUGACAGCGGCCUGCUCUCUGCCCUGCAACUGGAGGCCAUCAUCUACGCCUGCCAGCAACACGAGGUGAUUCUGCAGAACCAGCAGCGAGCGGGCUUCCUGAUCGGAGACGGGGCCGGCGUGGGCAAGGGCCGCACUGUAGCCGGGAUCAUCCUGGAAAACUACCGAAAGGGACGGAAGAGAGCGCUGUGGUUCAGUGUUUCCAACGACCUGAAAUAUGACGCAGAGAGAGAUCUCAAAGACAUUAACGCACCCAAUAUCCCCGUGCAUGCCUUAAAUAAGAUAAAGUAUGGGGACACAGCUACCUCAGAGGGCGUCCUGUUUGCCACGUACUCCGCGCUGAUUGGAGAGAGCCAGGCUGGUGGGCAGCAUCGCACUCGACUCAAGCAGAUCCUGGACUGGUGCCAACCGGACUUUGAGGGAGUCAUUGUGUUUGAUGAAUGCCACAAGGCGAAGAAUGCCACAUCCACCAAGAUGGGCAAGGCUGUCCUGGACCUGCAGAACAAGCUGCCCCGGGCCAGGGUGGUUUACGCCAGCGCCACAGGUGCCUCUGAGCCAAAGAACAUGAUCUACAUGAGUCGGUUGGGCAUCUGGGGAGAUGGGACCCCGUUUCGGACGUUUGAUGACUUCCUUCACGCCAUCGAAAAGAGGGGCGUGGGCGCCAUGGAGAUUGUUGCCAUGGACAUGAAGGUCAGCGGAAUGUACAUUGCACGGCAGCUCAGCUUCUCUGGAGUGUCAUUCCGCAUCGAGGAGAUUGGCCUGGACGAGGACUUCAAGCUGGUCUACAACAAGGCCGCCAAACUGUGGGCAGAGGCGCUGAACGUGUUUACGCAGGCAGCAGACCUGUUGGGCCUGGUCUCCAGGAAGUCCCUGUGGGGUCAGUUUUGGUCGUCGCACCAGCGCUUCUUCAAAUACCUCUGCAUCGCCGCCAAGGUGCGACGCCUGGUGGAGCUGGCUAAGAAGGAGUUGGACGCUGGCAAGUGUGUGGUGAUCGGGCUGCAGUCCACAGGGGAGGCUCGCACGCGGGAAGUACUGGACGAGAAUGAUGGACACCUGGACAGAUUUGUGUCUGCUGCUGAGGGUGUCUUCCAGUCUCUGGUUCAGAAGCAUUUUCCCUCAGAGAAGCAGAGGAGGGAAAAAGGGGCAGGAAACAAGAGAAAACGAAAGCCCCGGGGACGUCAGCCCAAGUGCUCACGGCAGGCGCAAGAGUUCGCCGGGGUCAUCAGCAUCAGCGACGACAGUAGUAGCGACACCGAAGCCAUGGACAGCGACUCCAACUCCUCGCCCGACUCGCUGCAGGACAACAACGAUGAUGUCAUCUUCGUCCACCAGACCAACAGUCACACCGCAGAAAUAGAAAAAAUGAAGCAAAGCCUACUGACCAAGAUCUCAGAACUGGGAAAAGAACUACCUCUGAACACACUAGAUGAGCUCAUAGACAAAUUUGGAGGACCAGAGAAAGUAUCUGAGAUGACCGGGCGGAAGGGUCGGGUGGUUCGGCGGACAGAUGGGACUGUCGCCUACGAGUCGCGUGCCGAGCAAAGCUACACCAUCGACCAGAUUAACAUUAAGGAGAAGGACCGCUUCAUGAGCGGGGAGAAGUUGGUGGCCAUCAUCUCGGAAGCGGCCAGCUCGGGAAUCUCCCUGCAGGCAGACAAGCGAGUGAAGAACCAGUGCCGGAGGGUGCACAUGACCCUGGAGCUGCCCUGGAGCGCAGACCGUGCCAUCCAGCAGUUUGGCCGCACGCACCGGUCCAACCAGAUCACGGCACCCGAGUACAUCUUCCUCAUCUCGGAGCUGGCCGGAGAGCGGCGCUUCGCUUCCAUUGUGGCCAAACGCUUGGAGAGUCUGGGCGCUUUGACCCACGGAGACAGGAGAGCCACAGAGUCCCGAGAUUUGAGCAAGUACAACUUCGAAAACAAAUAUGGCACCAAGGCUCUAGAUAAGAUCACCAAAGCCAUCCUGGGGUACAUUGAGAGCAAAGUGCCCCCUCCCAAAGACUACCCUGGUGGCGACUCUAUGUUCUUCAGUGACAUGAAGCAAGGGAUGAUAAACGUGGGCAUCUUCAGCCGGGACUCACGCUUCGGCCUCAGCACUGAGAAAGACUGCACUAUCACCAAGUUCCUGAAUCGUAUCUUGGGUCUGGAGGUGCACAAGCAGAACUCCCUGUUCCAGUACUUCACUGACAACUUUGACUACCUGAUAGAGAAAGACAAGAAGGAGGGCAAAUAUGACAUGGGGAUCCUGGAUCUGGCCCCAGGCAAUGAUGAGAUCUACGAGGAGAAGCAAGAAGAGUUUUUGACCGUGGGGAACCCACACGAUGGCCAAGUCGUACUGUAUAAGAUCACUGUGGACCGAGGCAUGCCAUGGGAAGAGGCCUUGGCCAAGUCCCAAAGCCUGAGCGGCCCAGACGUGGGCUUCUACCUCUCUCACAAGCUGAGAGGCACUCAGCCUUGUGUGCUGCUGGCAGAGCAGGGUCGAGGCCACAACCUCAUCAUCCACAAGCCCAACAUAGGCAAGCAGGCCCAGCCCGAGAGUCUGGACAAUAUGGGGAAACGCUACCGAAAGGUCACUCCGGAGGAAGCAAAGGACAUCUGGGAGAAACAGUACCAGUUCUCCUUCAGUAAAUGCAGCCAUGCCAACUGGAAUGGGAAGUGUAAGAAAGUGGAGGAGGGACAGGAGUGCAUACAGGGCAUGCGUCUGCGUCAGUACCACAUGCUGUGCGGCGCGCUGCUGCGCGUGUGGAAACGCGUUGCAGACACAGUGGCUGACCUCACCGGCUCCAGCAUCCUGCAGAUCGUCCGACUCAAGACCAAACAGCUCCAAAAGCAAGUGGGCAUUAAAAUCCCUGAGUCGUGUGUGUUGCGCGUGCGUGACGAGCUGCAGCAGAUGGACAGUGAGGUGAGGCGGAGGCGGGAGCGGGAGCUCCUCCAAGCACAGGAGUUCCAGCGGCCACCAGCGCUGCACACCGACCCCCUCGGCCCGCUGCCCUUCCCCUCCACCACCGGCGAGCUGAGCGGCCUUUCCCCCUUCCUCUACCCGCCGCCCACGGUGGGCGCGUUCCCCUCGCUGUCCAAGACCCCGCUGGCAGACAUGCUGGACGGCCCGGACACAGUCGCCCUGGGUCUUGGCGCCCUCCCGGCCACAGCCGCGGACUUCGGCCUGGAGUCUCUGGAGUCGCGGCAGCAACCGCAGCCACCGCAGCAGCAGCAGGAGAAGGACAAGUUUCUGGAGUUCAUGGACAGCAUCCGACAGUUUGAUUUGACACCGCUGUCCAACACCCCGCCACCGGCACCUGCGUCGUCUUCGCCUGCAGCCAUGUCCUGUGUCCCCGCCGGAACAGCCCAAGCCCCCGGAGGGCUCUUUGCGUCCCAGGCCGUGAGCACAGUUGCCACCCCGACGUCUUCCUCGCCGAUGUUCUCCGAGAUGCCCUUGUUGACUAUGCCCACCACUCCGUGCAACAGCGACGUCCACAUUGACUUCCGUGAGGUUCUCAACACCAUGUUCCAGAAUAGCACCUUGGACAGGCAGUCCGUCAUCAAGUUCCCUCUGCAGGGCAGGGACUCCUCUUAACCAACCGUACCAGUUCUUGCCAUCCCCACCCCCACCACUGCCAUCAGGCCCCAACUCUGGACCCUACUGCCCAGCCCAGCCCAGCCCAUCCUCUAUCCCCUUAGGGCUUGCCACACCUAACCACACUCAACAACACCUGGCUCACAUUCACACGAACCAGGGCCAACCGCGGUAGGAUGUCUCUUAGCAACAGCAUGUUCUCAGACCAUAAACACUCAAAACAUUGUAGCUUUAGCUCAGCUUAGGGCUACUCAGCCUUCCGGAUUUGAGUCGAGUUUCUGUUUGAGUUUGUCUGUAAAUAGUGAAAAUGAUUUGUAUUGGCACAUGUGUAAAGUUCUAUGUGACUUCUUUGGCGUUCCCUAACUGGAUACUUGGGAGGAGGGAAGAGAGGGUGUGAAACCAUUGACAGGAAAGACAAAGGUGUUAUACAGAGGUAUUUUACCGUAACAUCAAACUGACAAGGGUAGUGGUUCGGAUUUGGAUCAAAUAUACUCUAAUAGGUUUCACCACACAGCUGUCCAUCCACCUCCCUGACACACACCCCUCCCUCCCUGAAACCCACUAUUCACACUAGUUUUUUACGGAAUUUUCCUAAAACAAUUAGGGAAGAGGGUGGGAGAGGGAGGUUACAAUCUGCUAUUAACACAGUGCCUUUGGAGAUAGUGGAAUGUUCUCUUUUAAACACACUUAGACUAAUGUGCAUUCUGUAUUUGACCACAAAUGCAUCAGUAUUUAUUGAUCUAGUUUUGAGCAAAAUCCUGGUUCCCAGCAUGAGAGAGGAAGAGUAAAAACCCCAAUGAAAAGUAGGGGACGGGCGAAAGCCUCUCUCUCCUCUCUCUAGUUAGUGCAUGAGACAGACCGCGCCAAGGCAUCUGAGAUGUUGCAGCAGUUUCAUCUUCUGUGGGUGCCUCCCCUUGAGGCCUGGCAUCACCUCAUUCGUCAGACGCUCCCCUCAUUGCCUCUUCUCGCGAAAUUCUCAGGAAGACUGAGGGUGUUAUGAAGCACUUCCGUUUUUUUUUAUUUAUUUAUUUUUUUCCCCUUGAAAAUUGACCAAUUAUUUCAUCAGCGCAAUUGAUUUAAUAGAGUGCUGUUGUUAAAACUUCUCUCUGCAGUUUAGAAACCUUUCAUACUUGGUCGAGUUGUUUUUCCAAGUAAUGCACUGUGCUCUCCUACCAUGGAACCCCCCAAGGGAACUUCAACGAAUGACAACCAAUAGCAAUCUUAAGCAAUAACAUCUGAAACUUAAAUAUUUCAGCUCAAGCGCCUAACUGUGGUGGGUUGUGGUCGUUUUAUAUGUUGUGUCUUUUUAGAACAAAUGUUGUGCUUUUAGUACUCAUGACCUUUGUAGAAACAUUGUGAGGGGAUAAAAGCAAUGUGCUCUGAAAGGAUAACAGAGCUAGCUUCGUUUUGUUAAAUUAUUUGCUUGUUUUAUUUAUAUUUAAGGGACACGCUUGCCGUUUCAAACUGUGAUCCUGAUGGAUGGCUACAGUUAAAGUAUAACUUGUCAGGGAAGAUUCCAGAAUUCAAAAUGAAACAAAGAUCGUUUAAGUCUAACCUGCCUAUGUGUAAUAUUGCACUGUUCAUCACUGCUGUAUCAGACCUCAGGGUCUACUUCUGUUCUUUGUAAGUAAAUCUUGCUUAAGUGUAAUUUGUCUUUACUUUAGCAGAAUUAUACCAAAGUAUUUAACAAAAGACUUCUCUGGCUACAUCUGACCUAUUCUCCAACUCAGGAAUUAAUAUACUGUACAUAUAUGUGUGUGGUGUACAGGUGGGAGAUUGUCUUUCUACUUGUGACCGAAGUGAAUCGAAUCUAUAUCUGUUUGUUCACAUUGGGUGAUACUUACAAGUGCUUUUCUCUUGCUGGACUUCUCUUAGUAUGCUGUGUCUGUCUCAGACUGGAAAUUAUGAAUAUGUGUUAUGAACAUGGAGGGAUUGUUUCCAGCGUAGACUAUAAUUGAUCAAUUCCACAGAUUCUGAAGGCCUGAAGUCUCUGUGCCAUAGUUAUGUGGACAUGGCCCUGCUUUAUUGAUUAGCCUAACGGGACCUACUUCUGGUUAAUUGGAGUCACAUGUAGAAACUGCACCUCUGUGAUUCUGAACGUUAAAACUUGUCUUUGAUCAAAUGCUGUUUCUGUGAGAAGGCUGAUUGAUUGACUUCUUGUUUUUAUCAUGCAGUGAAACCAAAUCGUCUGUAGAACUGUACUGUGCCUACAGAAGUAUAUUUCCAGGCAAAUCUGCACACAGUUAGGUUUCUUGUGCAAUCAUUGUGUUGGUUUGAUGUCCCAUUUGAAGAAUUUGCCUUAAGACUUAAAUCCGCCAAACCCUAAAUAUCUGACUCCAGACAUAUUAAAUCAUAAGAUUAACAUAUAUAAACAUACAUAUCAUAUGUAUUAUCCUGUAUAAGAACACUCUACACAUGCCUUUAUACAUGAUCUAAUCCAACAUCAUGUCCCGUUGUAUGUGUUCUGUCUCCAUAGAAUUGAAUACCCUUUAUCAGAUGGGAUGUAUUUACGUGGCAUUAGUCACAUUAUAUCUGAGGAUUUUGGAAACAAAAUGUUUUUCAAGUAAAAUUGAGUGAUGAUUUUUCCCAGUACAUUCCAAUGGGUCUGGACACUCCAAAUACUGCAAUACACAUAACUACAGAUGAUGUAUGUUAACUGUACCACUGACAACACACAAAAUGUCUUUACAGUCUAAGUAGUUUUAUUUUUAUGUUGACCUGGUUGAGAUGAAAUAGAUGUUAAAAAGAGACAGAAGUUGGAGAAACCAGGCAAAACAACCAGAUUAUAAUUAUAAUUAUUUUAUUUAAAUAAUAAUAUUAUAUGGGCUACUAAUCAUAUUGUCAUAUUUAAAUUUGCACUAAGAAUGGCAAAAUUCAGUUUCUGCUGUCUGCAUAUUAGUAUGAGGGCUUCAGCUGUUUGUUGGUGGAUCUUAGGUUUUGUCUUUGUCUUUAUUUCUCCACCUUUGUAUUCAUGAAGAUAUCAUAUACAAAGAUAAUUUAUUGCUAAAAAAAACAUGCUACUGAUUGUAUCUAUGACAAGAGCAAAUUAUAUUAUUUGUGUAAAGUUGUGUUCAGCACUUUCAUUCUGUUUGCCUUUAUUUUUUUCUAUAUAUUUAUAAUUUAGAUUGAUGUAUAUACUGUACAAAUUGUGCCUUUUGACUAAUUCUUUCAAAUUGUUUUCUACUUGUAACAGAAGGAACAUACUGCAAUUGGUGCAAUCUAAACUUUGUCAAGAAACAAAUAAAAGAUUGCUGACAAUG